AUGGAGAAACAGGGGUCUGACAUCGAAGAGACUCUACAAGAUGCAAAGUAUAAGAAUAAAUGCGUAUCAUUUCUCAUCAAGAACUGGUUUAUGCUUGCCACCAUCGUUGGAGUUGGGGUUGGUUUUGGAAUCGCCUUCGGCGUGAGAUCGGUACAGCCAGAUAGUGUUACCAUUACCUGGCUCACUAUGCCGGGAGACAUUUACCUCCGAGUGCUCACGCUGACGAUUCUACCUCUUAUAGCCUCAAACAUUCUCGUUGUCAUCGCUACUCUGGAACCGAAAAAGAAUGGCAAAAUUAGCAUUAUAGGAAUGGCCUUAGUCAUCUGCUCCAACUUUGUUGGCAGUCUGAUCGGAACAGCCUGUGCAGCUAUCAUUAGGCCAGGUGAGUCCUUUUCAAUUUACGUUGCCUCAUCUUCAGUAACCCAGGCUCUGUCAAAAGUCUUGUCAUUCUUUUUACGGAGCCUGGCAUCUGCCUUUAUAUCAAUACUCAUUUUUGGACAUCGGUUGUGUUUUUGCUUUGAGGCAACACGAACCGCUCAAUACCGACGCAUAGGAUCAAGAAUAUUAACAGGCGACAGCGGAUCUAACGCACCACUGGUCGGUAGCGGCCUUUCUCCGUCCGACAUAUUUAAAGACAUGUUCUAUAACUUUUUUCCGGACAACAUCGUGGGUGUUACAAUUUACCAGUACCGAACGGAGAUAGUUAAUUAUACAACCAAUGAAAAGGUUGGAAAUUCUACCAGAAGUGGAACAAAUAUGAUUGGUAGAUACAUUGAUAAAUACCUUUUGUUUACGUACAUGUUUGAUUUUACAGGUGUGCUCUUUUGUGCAUUGGCGUUCGGGGCAGCAGCCAAUGCUGUGGGCACAGUUGCGAAACCUUUUGUGAACUUCUUCGAGGCGCUUGCGGCCACCGUGACCAAACUCAUGAGUGUAUUUUUACUGUUCACCCCAAUUGGCGUCUGCUUCAUGGUAGUUGGAUCGCUGCUGGAUCGGCAGAACAUCGCAUCCGACUUCGUUCAGCUUGGACUAUUCAUCGCAACAGUUAUCACAGGCCUUUUGAUUUACUUCAUCAUUGUGAUCAUCGUUCUAUGGAUAGCUAGCAGAAAAAAUCCACUGCGCCUACUAAAAUACAGUUUGGAGCCGUUUUUGAUAUCAUUCGCCACGACUAGUCCGUAA